UGAUGGUGGGUAGGUGGAGCAGAGAGCCGUCAAAAUAUCAGCUCCUCUCCUCCUCCUCCUCCUCCUCACUUUCAAACUAUAUGUUGCUGGGCAUCAACAAUACAAAACUCAUAAACGAGCUGGAAGUCAUCAGUUACUGAGUAAAAGCUCUCUGCCUGAACAAAUACAGAUUACUCUUUUAAAAUCCAGAGUUCUUUCAUUUAAGUAUCAUGACUGGAACAGCAGUGGUUCUGAUGAGCCUGGUCCUCAUCCUCUCUGUGGGUGCAGAGGAUAAAUCAAGACUCCACCGCAGGCCUGCGUGUGGGGGUUUGAGUGUCAAUCAAGCAUGCCCUCUCAACUAUUCUCCCGUAUGUGGUAAUGAUGGCAUCACAUACGUCAAUGAAUGCACCCUGUGUGUGCAGAGAAUGCACACUAAUGCAGACAUUUUGAUUGUGAAAGACGAACGAUGCUGAGGUGGAGGACCUUAUGAAAUCAUCGCUUUGCUUUUUAUAUCUAUUUUUGUUUAAGAGUGUUGUUUGCUAUGCUCAUCCAGGGGAUGUGAUCAGCAUACCUAUAAACAGUGGAUGUGUGAACACCUAGCAAAUGUUAAAAUUAAAAAUAUUAGUACUAAAAGUGUCAGUUUUAUCACAUCU